UCCUCACCCUCCUCCUCCUCAGCCGCUACUGCAGCAGCGAGCAGCCCGGUGCCUCCUGGAUCCAUGAAGAGAGCCCCCCUGCACGGCACGUCCCCCGCCACGAUGGGCCGCGAGCUAUAUACUGCGUUGAAGUGUUGAUAUUGAGAUAUUUCAGUUAUCAAAUAUGAAUCAUGCAUUUGAUAUUUCUGGCCACUUUGCUCGUGAGCAUCCUUUCGCCUUGGCUUCAUCCAUCACUAGCGUCAUCCGGUAUUUCAUGUCUGUGCGGUGGCAAUUGUCUUGCAGUUUCUCAAGGAGUAGGGGACAAGGUUGAGAGGGACGCAGUGCCAGCCCUGCUGAAGCAACAGGCAACUGCAGCACCGGCUACAGACAACACAACACACCAUGCAGUGGAGCAUGUGAUCACCUACCCCUCGCGUUUAAUCUACUACCUAAACGAGGACUCGGAGAGCACCUACCAUGACCUGGACACCCGGGCCAAGAACCAAGCCACAGAGCGGCAGGCAGUCCACCUCGCCCAAGCCAGUUUCCAGUUAGAGGCAUUCGGCAUCCGAUUUGCCCUGGAUCUAUCAUUGAACACCGACUUGCUGUCUUCAGAUUAUGUUGAGAUCCACUAUGAGGCGGGCAAACCUGUUUUGUCAAAGGGCGGUGAGCACUGUUACUACCACGGCCAGGUGAGAGGGAGUGAUAACUCCCAUGUGGCCUUAUCUACCUGCAACGGGCUGCAUGGGAUGUUUGACGAUGGAGUCUAUGUGUAUCUAAUUGAGCCCUUACAACAGACUCAUUCAAUCGAUACAGCUGCAAGGCCUCACAAACUAAGAAGAACAUCCUCCCUUCAGUGGAACAAUGAUUCAGAGGAACAGGUUGAGGAGGAGGAGCAGCUCUUCUCAGAGCUGGAUGACUUGUCCUGGCUGAAGCGCAGGAAAAAGCGAGCAAUGCCUCGCAGUGUAUUUGAGGAGAUGAAGUAUUUGGAGAUCAUGAUUGUCAGUGACCACAGUAUGUAUAAACGACACAAGACCAAGCAGCACACAAGGAAUUUUGCCAAGUCGGUGGUGAAUUUUGUGGAUGCUAUCUUCAAAGAGCAGCUACACACACGAGUGGUGCUCGUUGCUGUGGAGAUCUGGACAGACAAGGAUCAGAUCCCCAUCAGCGUGAGGCCGCUGGAGAUGCUGCGGGAUUUCUCCAAGUACCGGCAGCAGAGCAUCAAGCAUCAUGCCGACGCUGUGCACCUCUUCUCAAAUGUGACCUUCCACUAUCGCAGAAGCAGCGCGGCAUACUUUGGAGGCAUGUGUUCUGUGAGCCGAGGAGUAGGGGUCAAUGAGUACGGCACCAGCUGGUCCAUGGCAGGCUCUCUAUCCCAGAGCCUGGCUCAGAACCUGGGUAUCCAGUGGGACCCAGCCUCCAGGAGAAAGGAAUGUGGUUGUGUUGACUCGUGGACUGGCUGCAUAAUGGAGGACACUGGGGUCCAGCACCCGCGGAGAUUCUCCAAAUGCAGCAUCUCAGACUACAAGGAGUUCCUUUUGAAAGGUGGAGGCUCGUGUCUGUUCAACAGGCCGACCAAGCUGUUCGAGUCCACAGAAUGCGGUAAUGGAUUUGUGGAAGUGGGAGAGGAGUGCGACUGCGGAGCGAGAGCGGAGUGCUACAAGGAAUGUUGCAAGAAGUGCUCCCUCGCCAACGGGGCACACUGCAGUGAUGGCCCGUGCUGCAAUAACACAUGUCUGUUUUAUCCACGAGGUUACAGUUGCCGCUAUGCUGUGAACGACUGUGAUAUCUCAGAGACCUGCUCUGGGGACUCUGGACAGUGCCCUCCCAAUCUUCAUAAACAAGACGGUUACUUCUGCCAGGUAAACCAGGGACGCUGCUACACCGGAGAGUGCAAGACCAGAGAAAACCAGUGUAAAUACAUCUGGGGGUCAAAGGCUGGAGGUUCGGAGAAGUUCUGCUAUGAGAAGCUGAACACAGAGGGCACAGAGAAGGGCAACUGUGGAAAAGAUGGAGACAAAUGGAUCCAGUGUAGCAAACAUGAUGUGUUCUGUGGUUACCUUUUGUGCACCAACAUCGGCCGCAACCCACGCAUCGGCAUGAUGAAAGGAGAAAUCACCCUAGCCACCUUCAACCCUCAAGGCAGAAUGGUAGACUGCAGUGGGGGUCAUGUCCUUUUGGAUGAUGAGACUGAUUUAGGCUACGUGGAGGAUGGGUCUCCCUGUGGGCCGUCAAUGAUGUGCCUUGACCACAAGUGUCUGCCAAUCCAGUCACUCAACAUGAGCAUCUGCUCUAGUGGACCUAAUGGACAGGUGUGCUCUGCCCACGGGGUGUGCAACAAUGAAGCCACGUGCACCUGUGACACCACCUGGGCGGGGACAGACUGUAGCAUGCCUGAUCCGCCUAAAGAGCCUGAGGCCACUCAGGACGAAGGACCCAAGGGUCCUAGUGCCACCAAUCUAAUAAUAGGCUCCAUCGCCGGAGCCAUCCUUGUGGCUGCCAUAGUGCUGGGGGGGACUGGAUGGGGCUUUAAUCCGUUACUGUUUGAGGGUGAGACUUUAAAUGGAGUGGUGAGAGCGACAGAGAGACAGAGAGACAGAAGCCAGGACCCUUUUUGUCAGCCUUUGUGCCAUGGCUGGCCACACCCACCUAAGAUGGCCAGGCUCCGCCCUAGAGCAGAGCAGGACUCUCGGACCCCGGCCACACCAGCUGCCAUUGCUGCCUGCUUCACAGACCUGGUACAGACACGGCGCAUUGCACUGCAUGAACCACGCACAACAAUAGUGCCACCUUCGAUCGGCCUGCUAUUGGAACAGGUGCAUGACAGAGUGAUAGAAGCCCCACAACAAGCCGCAGUACGGGGAGGUUAUGCAUCACUCCUGUUGUCGUAUUGUUGUUGUCCCACUGUUGUGGUAGUAGUUAUUGUUGCUGCUGCUGCUGUGGUUGUUGUAUAUGUGGUUGUCUCCUCUGUCCCUCUUCUGUAGACUAUAUUUUAUGUUAGCUCUUUCCUCCCAGAUUGUUAUGUUUUGAGUGGAACCAAUGUCUUUCCCAUCCAAACUGGUAAUGAGACAUGUCUCCUACACUUCUUCACCUUGUAAACUGAUGUUGCACGCACAAGCCAGUCGGAAGUUGCCUGCAAGAGGGCAAAA